UGUUGGAAAGUCACGGUCCACACAUACUGUAUGUGACAAUACAUGACCUCCUGUUUCUGGCCUUAAGGAUGCUGUAUUUCAAUUGCUCUGUCUCAGGCAGGGAAUGUGGUAACAGGAGAGAUGGUAGAAGAGCUAAUCCUUUCUGGGGCUGACAUCAUCAAAGUGGGAACUGGGCCAGGCUCUGUGUGUACUACUCGGAAGAAAACUGGAGUGGGGUAUCCACAGAUCAGUGCAGUAAUGGAGUGUGCAGAUGCUGCUCAUGGCCUCAAAGGCCACAUCAUUUCAGAUGGAGGUUGCAGCUGUCCUGGGGAUGUGGCCAAGGCUUUUGGGGCAGGAGCUGACUUCGUGAUGCUGGGUGGCAUGCUGGCUGGACAUAGUGAGUCAGGUGGUGAGCUCAUCGAGAGGGAUGGCAAGAAGUACAAGCUCUUCUAUGGAAUGAGUUCUGAAAUGGCCAUGAAGAAGUAUGCUGGGGGCGUGGCUGAGUACAGAGCCUCCGAGGGAAAGACAGUAGAAGUUCCUUUUAAAGGAGAUGUGGAACAUACCAUCCGAGACAUCCUAGGAGGGAUCCGCUCUACGUGUACCUACGUGGGAGCAGCUAAGCUUAAAGAGUUGAGCAGAAGAACUACCUUCAUCCGAGUCACCCAGCAGGUGAAUCCAAUCUUCAGUGAGGCGCGCUAGACCUGGGCAGUUCUACCCUCCCAAGGCACCAGUACUCUACCAUGGGGCAUCCCAAGUGGGCUCCUCACCCAUCCCAGCUACUGCAGCUCUGUAUUACUUUGUCAUUUCCUGUUGUCUCACUCCUGAGGGCUCCUGCAGUAACUCUGUACUUCUCUAUCUGCACACACAAAAUGCCCAAGACACUCACUGGGGAGGAAGCAAGGAAGAAAAUAGUCUGAGAAAAUGACGCAAGAUAAUCAAAUGGGAAUCUGGCGACCCAACAUCCUGAAGAUUAUUAAAAGGAAAAGAUGCUGAUUGGUACAUAAGUCUCUUACAUGGCCUUGGUCUAGAGAAGGCAGGCUUUUAGAAUCAUGUUUUGUUAAUCUGCUUCACUAAUCUAAAAAGCUCUGAAGUGUUUGUAUAUUUGAAAUACCUCAAUAAAGAGAGAGCUCAUUGACUGUAAA